AUGACAAAGACUGAACCUGGCCCUGCGCAAGAAGCCACCACCACCACGUUCACGCUCCGCAACCCUCCGCACUCAUACUUCCACCUCCGCCUCCACGCCACCCCACCGCUCCAAGUCGACCAGCCGCUGGACGAAAUUACACUGCGCUCAUAUCUCACAUCGGCGCUUCAGCAGUAUCUCGGUCUCACCGGCGCCGCCAUCCCCGUGGACAUCCUGAAAGUGGAGGGCCCCAAUGCCUGGAUCCGUGUUCCUUGUGACGAUGAGGUCGCCGUGACGGCCGGGGUGAGUCAGUGGGUCGGGGCCAAGGGUGUGAGUCUCGGCAUUGAGGCGAGAGGCUCGUGGUUGGGUGGUGUCGUAGCAAAAGGGACGACCAACGGGUUGUGGAGUUUGGGAGGUUAA